GCUCAACAACCCAGCGCAAUGGAAGCAGCAACCCACCAACCUCACAGAAAGCACGGUGGCUGGAAGACCAUGCCCUACAUUCUAGGGAACGAGACGUUUGAGAGGUUAGCCUCGUUUGGGUUACUUGCGAACUUCAUGGUGUAUCUGAUGAAUGAGUUUCAGUUGGAUCAAGUAACGGCCAUCAAUAUCAUCAACAUCUGGUCUGGUACCGCUAACUUCUCUCCCUUGCUUGGUGCCUUCAUCUGUGAUGCUUAUCUCGGCAGGUUUCGAACUUUGGCCUUCGCUUCCAUCGCCUCUUUCCUGGGACUAUUGGCUUUAACUCUGACGGCGGUGGUUCCUGCAUUGCAUCCACCAACAUGCUCCAAGCAGCAGCAUCCGAGCAACCCAUGCGUGGGCCCCACCACAGAUCAACUGGGCUUUCUAUUCUUGGGCUUAGCCUUUCUAACAAUAGGCACGGCUGGGAUCAGGCCGGCCAACAUACCAUUUGGGGUGGACCAGUUUGACCCCACCACAGAAAAGGGCAAAAAAGGGAUCAACAGCUUCUUCAACUGGUCCUACGCCAGCUUCACUGUAGUCAUCAUGAUCUCCAUGACCCUUAUCGUCUAUAUCCAAACCAGUAUCAGUUGGGCCUUGGGCCUGGGCCUCCCUACAGCUUUCAUGGGAUUCUCGAUCGUGUUGUUUUGGCUUGGCACGCGGCUUUACGUCUACGUCCCACCGGAAGGCAGCGUCUUCUCCGGCAUUGGCCAAGUUUUUGUUGCUGCCUUCCAUAAGCGUCAUCUUAAGCUUCCUCCUAAAGAAGAGGUACAUGGGCUUCUCUAUGAUCCUCCCAUGAGAGGACCCACCAUCUCAAAGCUUCCUCUCACACACCAUUUCAGAUGCCUGAACAAAGCUGCAAUAGUGGUAGAUGGAGAUAUAAAACCUGAUGGAUCUCGUUCGGAACCGUCGAGGCUCUGCAGCAUACAACAGAUCGAAGAGGUAAAAUGCUUGAUUGGAAUCGUGCCGUUAUGGGCUUCUAAUAUCAUCUGCUUCCUUUCCAUCGCCCAACAAGGGACCUUCACGCUCAGUCAAGCCUUGAAAAUGGACCGCCACCUUGGACCUAAAUUCCAAAUCCCUGCAGGCUCCAUGGCCAUCAUAUCAAUGUUAACAUUGGGUAUAUGGAUCCCAAUAUAUGAUCGGAUAGUUGUCCCAUCACUUCGAAGAAUCACCAAACACGAAGGUGGCAUUACCCUUCUCCAAAGGAUUGGAAUUGGGAUGUUGUUCUCGAUCAUGUCCAUGGUGGUUGCUGGCAUUGUAGAGAGGAAGAGAAGGGCUUUAGCCAUCACCCAUGCCCAACCAAUGUCAGUCUUUUGGCUUGCUCCUCAGCUUAUCCUAAUGGGCUUCUGCGAGGCUUUCAAUAUAAUCGGACAGAUCGAGUUUUAUUACAAACAAUUCCCUGAACACAUGAAAAGCAUCGCCAAUUCGCUCCUCUCAUGCACCAUUGCAUUGGCAAAUUACCUAAGCAGUUUGCUUGUGAUGAUUGUGCACCACAAAACCAAAAAACACGGUCAUGAUUGGUUGGACAAUGACAUAAAUGCUGGGAAGAUCGAUUACUUUUACUUCCUUAUAGCAGCUCUGGGUGUCUUGAAUUUUAUCUACUUUCUGAUAUGCGCAUAUGGAUACCAUUACAAGAAUAGUACUACUACUAGUGGGCAAGUUGCAGGAGAAAACGAACAUGUUGAUAUUGAAUUAAACUCGACCAAGCACUUGAGUUAAUUAUUAGAUUAGAUUGAUCUAUGUAGUGUAGUAUGCUCUUCCUCUAAGCUUUAAUGUAUGUAAAAAUGAGAGAAGAGAA